GUAAGUCCGUAACCGUUCUACACUCAGUAACAUUCGUCUACAAGCUACAACGAUCAACAGCAAAACAACUUGUUAACUGUGUGUAGCAAUUAAUUGUUAAUUAGCAAACACCAAGUAAGUAACGUGGACUUACGUGCUCACAUCAGCAUCCAGUAUUUCAGCAUUCAGCAGCGUCAACUUUGACAAUUAAUAGGAAACAUGGACACCCAAAAAACAUUGGAUAACUUUAUCAGGAGUAGAAAAAGACCCACCAUCGAUGAUGGUUUGCAUAAAAAAGAACUUAUGAACAAUAGUUUUGGAAUUAAUAAACCAACUAGAAAACUAUCGUUUGAUUUUACGGCGCAGCAAUCAGUUAAAAAACAAAAGAUUGAUUCUACUUUAACAAAAACAUCUAUUCGAGAUAAUCAAAAUGUUGGUGUUGUCAAUAAUGCAGUUAAAAAUAUUUUGGAAAGAAAAGAGGCUGAAAUUAAUGAUGAAAUUCAUCCAGAGAGAGCUACAACUCCUGAUCAAACAUCAUCAACUAAAGCCAAAUUGCGUAAAGAAUUGGAUUUGGGCGAAUUUCGUAAAAUUGUCUGUCGUAAACACAACCUUAAAAAAUUACAAGAAAAGUUGAGUGCAGUGGAACAAUCUCAAAUUGAUCUUAAAUCUGCAGAAUCUAAAGUAGAAACUGCCAAAAAUCAUUACUUAUCUUCGUUUAAAUCAGUCGAUCUCUUGGUUGAUACUAGCCCAGUAAAAGUUGCAUCAAGUCCUGUAGCAAAAUCUCAUCUUAAACCUACUGCCUUAUUUCUCAGCCCAGCACAAUCUAUUGUUAGUCCGAGGAAAGUAAUGAUGACCACUCAGGUGUCUCAGCCUAAAGAAUAUAUGUCGCCUAAAAAAUUAUUAAAUGAAGUUGGAUCUCUUUUGGCUUUGUCUCCAUCAAAACGAUAUGCAUCAUUGGUUGAUUCUAAAACAUUACCUUUGCCUUUGAAGUACCGAAUUUUGGAUGAAUUAUUCAAAGCUAUGGAAACUGUUUCAUCAAUGAUGUUUGUUAGAAAAGAAAAAAUUACAUUUAAUAAACUCAAACGUGGUGUUCAGCACAUGACUAGAAAAAAUUUUACUGAAUUGCACUUGGCAAAAAUUAAAACUGUAGUUCCAGAUUUCUUCAAGUUUGGAUUAGUAAAAUCUCCAAAAGAGAAAUCUAGUUAUGAAUUAGUAAUAAUUCCAAAUUAUGGCUCAAGUAACGAAGAUAACAUUAACUUAAUUGAACAAACAACUCGAAGAAAAAAGGCAUUUACUAAUGCACUACUUGACAUUAUGAAGGAACAUCAUGAAAAAUAUUUGAAUUCAUUAAUUCCACCUAUUGUGAUCGAUAAAGAUAAAAUAACCAGAUGGCAUCCAGAGUUUGAUGUUGAAACUGCUAAAGAUAUCGUUCCUUCCACAUUACCAAAAAUUGAAAUCAACAAACCAAAAAUUGAAACUGCAAAAGAUUUAAUAGAUAAAUCACAUGCUUUAUUUGCUUACAAUAAUCGUUUAAAUCGAACUCUUACAACAAUGAACAUUGAAAAUAAAAGUGUACCUGAAAAAAAAUUUCCAUCGACAGAUGCAAAAAAUGCACUAAAAGGAGCACUCAAAGGGAUUUCUAAAUCAUUUUUACUGAGGAUUCAAGAAAAGCAAGCACAAAAAGCCAAAGAGUUGAUGACACGGUCAGUAGGUCAAUUAGAUGAGGAUAGAAUGAUGGAUAGAUUACCAGAUAUCGCAAGAGGUAUGCGUACCUAUUUUGUACAACUACAAAGGAAUGUAAUGCCAUUCAAAAAAGUUGUCGAUCAGCUAAAGCAGAGUUAUCCUGAAGCUAUGACAGACGAGGAAUGGAAAGCUCAUUUAAAUCUUCUCCAAGAAAAAGUACCUCAUUGGAUUGUAUCAAAAGUCUUUGAUGGAAUUGAACAUGUUCGAAUUGAUAAAAAAGUUGAUUUUGAAGAAACUGUAAUUAAAACAUUGAAAAAAUAA